UAUACGACUAUACAUAUUAGUAGUCCAUUAGUUUUCACCUGCGCCCUUCGGAAAAGUGAAAAUAAUGGCGGGCACAUCUUCGGAAAACCUGAUAGUCGUGAACCGAGGACAAGGGGGCGUCGCUGUCGUCACAAUUAACCGUCCCAAGAGUCUGAACUCGCUCACCAGACAGAUGAUGAAGGAUCUUGCCAAAGCAUUCAAGUCGCUAGACGCGGAAGAGUCAGUUCGGGUUAUUAUUCUUUGCGGGUCAGGUCGAUCAUUCUGUUCUGGGGUGGACUUGACUGCUGCGGAAGAUGUCUUUAAGGGGGACGUCAAGGAUAUGGAAUCCGAUCCAGUUGCUCAAAUGGAGCGUUGCAAGAAGCCCAUUAUAGGAGCCAUUAAAGGGUUUGCUGUCACAGCUGGGUUUGAGAUUGCUUUGGCUUGUGAUAUUUUGGUUGCUUCUACAGAUGCUAAAUUUAUGGAUACCCAUGCCAGAUUUGGAAUAUUUCCUUCAUGGGGUCUAUCUCAGAAGCUUGCCCGUGUCAUAGGGCCCAAUAGAGCCCGUGAAGUAUCUCUGACUGCAACCCCUGUAACUGCAGAAGAAGCUGAGAAAUGGGGUUUGGUAAAUCAUGUAGUUGAAGGAAGUGAACUCUUGAAGAAAGCUCGACAAAUAGCAGAAGCCAUUAUUAAGAACAAUCAAGACCUUGUCUUGAGGUACAAGAGUGUUAUAAAUGAUGGAUUCAAACAAGACUUGGCUCAUGCCCUUGUGCUAGAAAAGGACUUCAUGUAUGCAGUUGAUUGGCAUAUUUCCAGCGGCAAAUUGAUCGGUGGCACAGUUGACAAACUUUUGUAUUCUGAAAAUGAUCUAAUAUUUUGCUCUGUUACAUGCUUUGCUCAGGAGAGGGCGCAUGACUAUUACAAUGGAAUGACUAAGGAGCAGUUCAAGAAAAUGCAAGAAUUCAUUGCAGGUCGGAGUGCAAAGAAAUCUCCAUCCAAGUUGUAGAUAUGUUAACAAGUCACUUGAUUGUCUGUUGUAAAAUAAGUUGUUUUAAGUCCCUUAAUACGUCCUCAAAGGAUAGAUAGAUGUUGGCUUGGAAAAUGAAAUCUUGAUUCUACAAUUAAGUAAAACAGGGAAACGGGAAUGCAUUUAUAGAGGCUUUGAUGUUCUGAGAAUCUAGCUUUUAACCGCGCAUGUUUACUUGGCCAAAUGGUCCGAACUUUCUUCCCUUUUUUUGUACUUUUUUUCCACCAAUGUAAUAAUAGGUAUUGAAUUCGACUUGAACUUUGUAAUGGUUUUUCAUCUGACAAUAAAGGAAUUAAAGCACAGAGAGCCCCACCA